AAAGAAACACAUAAUAUUGAAGCAGCGACUGAAGAAAACUUUCGUAUAAGAAGAGAGACAGUGAGACAGCAGAAUGAACAAGAGCCAAUAGUAAACCGAAGAACUAUAGCUUCUUCUGUGGAUUCUACAAGAGCAGAACAAUCUGAAGAACCAGUAUCUGUCACUUCAACACAAUCCACAGCAGUAGGUUUAAGAAGUGAAAUUAGUUUUUUAAUCUCUUCUUUUUUAGCUUUCAGUUUUAGUAUUGCCUCUGACAAAGUAGCUAUCUCUGUUGAGCAACCUAUAAUUACUCCUUUGAUUGCACAUUCUAUAAAAGUAUUAAGAGCAUGUAUUUAUUCAUGGAAUUUACAAGCAGAAACAUUUACAAGAUUACCAGUUUUUAUAACAUGUUGUGCAAAAGGCAAAAUUUCUCUUCUGCCUAUGCAGGAAUUCCUACCUUCUUUAGACAUCUUGCUUACUAAUUCAGAUUCUAGUGCAUGUUUAUUUAGGCAACAUAUUAGGAUGUAUAAUUCAGCAUUGGCUUUUACAUCUAUGGGCAUGAAAAUAGAUCAUAAUAUAACAGAAACGGCCAAUGUUUAUAAUUUUCGUAUUCACAGUGAAAUGUAUCAUACUAUAGGCUCCUUACUUCUUGAUAACCCUAGCCCUCAGUUUGCUCAAUUAUAUGUGUAUGAUACUGAGCAUGAAUUGCAAAAUAGAAUGUCCAUAAUGCCUAAUCUCGAUUCUAUAAUUCUUGCAGAACUUCAACAAAUAUUGCAUAAUAUGAAUCCUUAUUGUAGAAUAUUUAGACAAGUUGGCAACAUGCACAAAUUAGAUCUGUCUUUAGAUUUAAAAAUGCUUAUUAUAAAUAAUAGAAGACAAGAUCCUAGGCGUUACAAUAUUCCAACAACAUCAGAAGUUGCAGUUAUUAUGAUUGAUGAUAGACAAACUGAUAAGCUGCUGAAUCACGAUAUCAUUGUUCCUUAUUCUUCAUCAUUGAUCCAGGAAUUUAUAGAGAAUAAAGAUUAA